AUGUCCUUCCAAUUCCGAUCCAUCUUCUUCCUUUUCUUCUCUCUCUUCAUUUCUUCAAUCUUCGCUUCCGAGUCAGAUCACAAGUAUCAACGAGAUGAUCCCGUUAACCUUUGGGUGAACAAAGUUGGUCCCUAUAACAAUCCACAAGAAACGUACAACUAUUACAGUCUCCCAUUUUGCCAUCCAUCUAGUACUUCUAGUGCUGCACAUAAAUGGGGUGGUCUUGGUGAGGUCCUGGGUGGCAAUGAACUUAUUGAUAGCCAAAUUGAAAUAAAGUUCCUAAAAAAUGUGGAUAAGACUGCCUUUUGCCAGAUAGAACUUGAGGAAGCAAAGGUUAAACAGUUCAAGGAUGCAAUAGAGAAUAAUUACUGGUUUGAAUUUUUCAUGGAUGAUCUGCCUUUGUGGGGAUAUGUUGGUGAGCUACAUCCUGAUAAGAAAAGUGAUAAUGGCAAGCAUGUUCUUUACACACACAAGAAUAUUAUUGUUAAAUACAAUAACGAUCAGAUCAUUCAUGUAAAUCUCACUCAAGAUAUCCCAAGGCCUUUGGAGGUAGGGAAACAUUUGGAUUUGACAUAUUCUGUCAAAUGGAUCCCUACUAAUGUCACUUUUGGACGCCGCUUUGAUGUCUACCUUGACUAUCCUUUCUUUGAGCAUCAGAUUCAUUGGUUCUCCAUUUUCAACUCUUUCAUGAUGGUCAUCUUCCUUACGGGAUUGGUAUCAAUGAUAUUAAUGCGAACUCUAAGAAAUGACUAUGCAAAAUAUGCUCGGGAAGAUGAUGAUUUGGAAUCUCUGGAGAGAGACGUUAGUGAAGAAUCUGGCUGGAAACUUGUGCACGGUGAUGUUUUUCGGCCUCCUCGCUAUUUAGUUAUUCUUUCAGCUGUAGUUGGCACAGGUGCUCAGCUAGCAUUGUUGGUUUUUAUUGUCAUCUUGCUGGCUAUUAUUGGGAUGUUGUAUGUCGGGCGAGGAGCAAUUAUCACAACCUUCAUUGUUUGUUAUGCGCUCACAUCAUUCAUUUCUGGUUAUGUGAGUGGGGGAAUGUACUCGCGGAAUGGGGGUAAAAGCUGGAUUAAAUCCAUGAUUCUCACAGCUUCUUUGUUCCCAUUCACAUGCUUUGAAAUUGGAUUUGUCCUAAACACUAUUGCUAUAUUCUAUGGGUCUCUAGCAGCUAUUCCAUUUGGCACAAUGGUGGUUGUUUUUGUCAUUUGGGGUUUCAUCUCUUUUCCUCUAGCACUUCUUGGCACAGUUGUUGGAAGAAACUGGAGCGGUGCUCCAAAUAAUCCAUGUCGUGUAAAAACUAUCCCUCGUCCCAUUCCUGAGAAGAAGUGGUACCUCACACCUUCAGUGGUUUCUAUGAUGGGAGGACUGUUACCCUUUGGCAGUAUAUUUAUUGAAAUGUAUUUUGUAUUUACUUCCUUCUGGAAUUACAAGGUGUACUACGUGUAUGGCUUUAUGCUACUGGUUUUUCUGAUUCUCACCAUUGUUACUGUUUGCGUGACAAUUGUUGGGACAUACUUUUUGUUAAAUGCCGAGAACUACCACUGGCAAUGGACUUCUUUCUUUUCAGCUGCCUCAACAUCAGUUUAUGUGUAUCUGUACUCAAUAUAUUAUUACUACGUGAAGACAAAGAUGUCAGGGUUCUUCCAAACCAGCUUCUAUUUUGGAUACACUUUGAUGUUUUCUAUUGGACUUGGAAUUCUAUGCGGAGCUGUAGGGUUUCUUGGUUCAAAUUUGUUUGUGAGAAGGAUCUACAGAAACAUUAAAUGCGAUUAA